AUGUAUUUGCUUUUAUUUUUAUGAACAUCUCAAUUAUGUGUACCCAGAUUUAUGUUUUAAACGCACGUGGACGUAUAUAGCAUCGCUGCGAAGUUUAUGAAGUGAAAUGUAUUUCAGGAGAAGUUGAAGAGUUGAAGUUGUUUGGAUAAGCUCUGUUCUCGUUUUCGUGUCUCGGAUUUAGUAUUUUUUUCUAACCAUGGAAAUUUAGAUUUUGAUUUUGAUCUGGGUAGUUUUAAGUUAUGACCAGUGAACUAAACUAAAUUAGCAAUUUAGUUUCCAGUCUCUUUUGGUGAUACACCGACGAGGAUAUUGAAGAAAAGAAAGAGAUACCUAGGUACGAAGUUGGGAAUGUCUGUAAUUUUAGAUUUGUUUGUUUUUGUAGUUUUGCUAAUGCAAUGGGAUAUGACAUCAAUGAGAAUAAAAUUGAUACCUCCUCACAACAUAAAGACUCAACAUUGAACGAUGAGAACUUACCUGUACCAAAAUUAAGUGUACAUGUUUGUAGUUUUAUAGUAGCUGUUGCCGCUGUGGCAUGCUUCUGGACAAGUCAGUAUGGGUCGUUUACCUUCGAUGAUAAUUCUGCCAUCUUAUCAAAUAAAGAUAUUCAAUCUAGAACACCUUUAUUGAACAUAUUUGAAAAUGAUUUUUGGGGAAAAAACAUUCGAUCAAAUUUAAGUCAUAAAAGUUACCGACCACUGACGGUUCUAACUUAUCGACUAAACUAUAUACUUUCCGGUGGAUACAAGCCAUGGAGCUUUCGUUUUCUAAAUAUAGUAUUACAUGCAUUGCAUUCUGUGUUUUUAUUACGUGUUUAUUCAAUUCUUCUUGGUGGUGUCAAAGUGGACGAGAAUGGUAGCCGAGUUUUUACGGCACCGAAAGCAAGUUUGUUAUGUGCAACACUAUUUGCAAUUCACCCAAUUCAUACGGAGAGCGUAGCUGCCGUCGUGGGAAGAGCCGAUUUGAUUUGUGGAAUAUUAUGUGCUGUUUCAUUCCAAUGUUACGUGAAACAUUGUUAUCUAAGUUCCCAUAAAACAUAUUCGUCUUCUGGUAAUUUUAUUUUAUCCAUAUUAUGUGCAUUUUUGGCAAUGUUUGCUAAAGAACAAGGAAUAACUGUCUUGGGACUGUGCGUUGCAUAUGAUGUUAUCGUGGUUUUGAAAGCAAAUUUCACUACACUACCAAAAUACGUUAAUGGAGAAGAUAGUUCGUUUUUCUCGACAGCGAAGAGAAGCAUUAUACUAAUGGUUUCAGCUGUAUUUAUGCUGAUAUUCCGAAUGAAUAUUAUGGGUUCAUCGCCUCCAACUUUUCAGUAUGACGACAACCCGGCAUCUUUUCAAGAAUCGUUUAUUAUGAGAGUUCUUAACUACAAUUAUUUGUAUUCCAUAAAUUUAUGGAUUUUGGUUAAUCCAUGGUGGCUAUGUUUUGAUUGGUCAAUGGGCUGCGUUCCUGUCAUUACCUCAGUGUCUGAUGUUCGGUUAUUAGCACCGUUAUUCAUGAUCGUUGUACUUAUCUGUUUAGCAUUAAAAGUGUUGGUGUUAUUGGACACACAUGUUGGGAGAUGUCUUGCAAUGUCUUUUGCUUUCUUGGUGAUACCAUUUCUUCCAGCCAUGAAUAUCUUUUUUCGAGUUGGAUUUGUUGUAGCAGAACGAAAUUUAUACUUAUCAUCAAUUGGUUUUAUCAUGCUUAUUGUGAUCGGAGCUGCUGUGCUAUGUUCACACUCUCUUGGAAAGCAGCUAACAAAAUCAUCUCUACUGUUAUUGGUUGUACUAUUCACAAUUCGUACAAUACAUAGGACAAAUGAUUGGUUAAAUGAAACUGAUUUGUUUACGUCUGGUUUAAAGGUGUGUCCUCUCAAUGCCAAGGUGCAUUACAAUAUAGGAAAAUGCCACCAAGAUGGCGGAAACGCUGACAAAGCCCUAGCAUCGUACAUUGAAGCCAUAAGGUUGUCGCCGAAAUAUGAUCAACCCAUGAAUAACUUGGGAAAUAUCUACAAAGAGAAGGGUAUGCUAAAAGAAGCUGAACACUACCACAAGCUGUCUGUUAACGUUAAUCCAAAGUUUGCAACAGGUUGGAUGAACCUUGGUACGGUGAAAGCAGAUUUGAAAAAGAAACAGGAGGCCGUCCAUUGUUAUACACGAGCGGUGACACUUAAACGAAAAUAUCCUGACGCAUAUUACAACUGGGGAAAUUUACAUUUGGAUUAUAAAGAGUUUGAUGCAGCUUUAGAGAAAUUUAACAUGGCCAUCCAAUUGAAGCAAGAUCAUCUUCAAGCCUGGCAAAACAAGUUAAUGUUGCUUGGGGAUCUAGAAAAAGGAGAUGAUUUACUAAAAAUGAGUAAAAAAGUUUCAAAACUGUUUCCAACCGAUGCAAAUCUGUUUUACAUAUUUGGUAACGCACUGGGAAAGGCUGGCAAACUGGAGGCUUCGAUACCAUACAUGAAAAAAUCGAUUCAACUUCAACCAGAUAAUUCACACGCACAUGGUAACCUGGGUGUGGUAUUUCACCGACUUGAAAGGUACGAAGAAGCUGAAAAAUAUUAUUUGGAAUCAAUACGUUUGAAUCCUGGUAACAAAUUCACCCAAGAUAAUUAUAAAAAACUUAAAAAAGUUUUGACUGAAAGGAAAUAACUUGUAAUAUCAGGCAUACGUACCGACACCAUUACAACUUUUUUAAGUUCGGGAAAAACUCUGUAAACGACUGUUUCAGCAUAGCAAGGGGAAAUUUGGUUCUAUGGCUGGUUCCUGGCGUUAUAAAGUAAAGAUUAAAAUUGCGAAGUUUUUAGCUUGUUUUAGUUUUUUUGGCCAACUUCAU